AUGUCUGGUGCUGGAAAAUGUUUGCUAGUGACAGGUUCUCCUGGUGUGGGAAAAAGCACUCUUAUUAUGAGAGUCUUCGAUACCCUCAAAGCCUCAAAUCCUACCCUCAAGGUUCAGGGUUUCUACACUCGUGAAGUUAGACUCGCAGGUGAGAGGGUUGGUUUCGAAGUUGUCACUCUUGAUGGUCGCACUUGCCCACUCGCUUCUUCCAAAUUUUUAAGCCAAGAGUCUCACCGGUGGCCUAAUGUUGGGAAGUAUAAAGUUGAUGUAGCAUCUUUCGAGUCACUAGCACUGCCUGAGUUGCAGGUUAGAGAAGACACUGAUCUUUUCAUCAUUGACGAAGUUGGUAAGAUGGAGUUAUACAGUUCGUCAUUUUUCCCUGCAGUUCUAAAAGUUUUGGAGUCAAAUAUCCCAAUUUUGGCUUCCAUUCCAGUUCCAAAAUUUGGCCGAGAUAUACCUGCAGUUGCAACAUUGAGGAAUCAUGCAGGAGCAACUUUGUUUACUUUGAGUGUUAGUAACAGAGACGCUGUUCGAGAACAGAUACGCUCACUUCUGGAAGAUCUGUUGAUAAAACACUAG